AUGGCUUUUUAUUGUUCGACCACUUGGGGUUUGCUAUUCACACUUUUGCUUGAGGUGGUUGUAUGCAUCUCGGGUCGGGUUGGUCUAGGUUCAAGAUUAUAUGCUAAUGAUAAUCAAGUGUGGGCUUCUAAUAACAACACAUUUGCAUUCGGGUUUGCUCCAACGGAUUCGGGUUUACAAGAUGAUCGAUACCAAUUGGGAAUUUGGUUUGCUGAUCUUCCUGGAGAUCGUACUAUGGCUUGGUCUGCAUAUGUAAACUCUCCGGUCACAAAAGACGCAAUUCUGGAGCUCGACACAACCGGAAAUCUCGUGCUGACCGACGGCAAAACCACCGCAUGGACCUCAAACACCACCGGCGCCGACGUUGAAUCCGCCGAGUUACUAGAAAACGGCAACCUAGUUUUAUAUACCAGCGAUCAAAACGUAGCAUGGCAAAGCUUCGCUCACCCAUCGGACACCCUCUUGCCCGGCCAACCGUUGACUAUCUCCACGGAGUUGACUUCGUCGUGGCUACCUUCUCUCGCUGGCGGUUAUUACACUUUGAAAAUGCUACAAGAACCCACUUCACUAACCCUAGCCUUAACGUAUAACCUACCUGCAGAUCCUUACAACUUAUCAAUGGAAGCUCAAUCUAAUUAUUCAUACUGGGCAACACCUGAAUUCUCUAACGUCACCGGCGACGUUGUGGCGGUGCUGGACCAAGCCGGAAGUUUCGGGGUGGUUUACGGUGGAGAUUCCAUCGGAGCUGUGUACGUUUACAAAAAUGAUAACGACAAAGGCGAAUUAUCAGCUGCUAGUAAUAAAACAAACAGACCGUUAGUUCUCCGGCGACUAAUUCUAGAAACUAACGGUAAUCUCCGGUUAUACCGUUGGGACAACGACGUUAAUGGAUCCCGGCAGUGGGUGCCGGAAUGGGCCGCCGUUUCAAACCCGUGUGACAUCACCGGAGUUUGUGGAAACGGGAUAUGUAAUUUGGAUAGAACCAAAACAAAUGCUUCUUGCGAUUGCUUGCCGGGUUCUUCAACCGACGGGAAAGAUUUCCGGUGUAUGAUGAACUCAUCGUUCACCGGAAAUUGCAGGGUUCCAGUUUCCCAUGAGAACCGGACUUCCAACUUCAAAAUCCAAACAGUUAACCAAACAAACUACUAUUUUCAAGAAUCAGCAGUGAUAGCAAAUUACAGUGAUAUUCCGACGGUUUCCAAGUGUGGCGAUGCUUGUUUAUCCGACUGCGAAUGUGUUGCUUCUGUUUACGGGUUAAACCAAGAGACUCCAUAUUGUUGGGUUCUAAGGAACUUGCAGUUUGGUGGGUUCGAGGAUUCGGGUUCGACCAUGUUCGUUAAGGUUCAAUCGAACGGAUCUUUUAGCCGCGAUUUGAAAAACCAUACCGGAAUGAGUAGCAGCACUCGUGCGAAGGUUUUGGUUCUUCCCAUUGUAUUGAGCAUGUUUGUUCUAAUUGGACUUCUAUGUUCUCUAUUGUACAUCUAUGUUCAUAAAAGGAGAAGUUUAAAAAGAGCCCUCAACAGUUCACUAAUUGUCUCAGGAGCCCCUGUUAGUUUUAACUUUCGCGAUCUACAAAACCGGACGAAUCAUUUUUCAGAGCUCCUCGGAACAGGUGGAUUUGGGAGCGUGUACAAGGGAAGUUUAGGAGAUGGGACGUUAAUCGCAGUGAAAAAACUUGACCGGAUGUUGCCACAUGGAGAACGCGAAUUUGUAACAGAAGUGAAUACUAUUGGUUCAAUGCAUCACAUGAAUCUAGUUCGCUUAUGCGGGUAUUGCUCUGAAGGUUCACAAAGGCUUUUGGUGUACGAGUUCAUGAAAAAUGGAUCCUUAGACAAAUGGUUAUUUCCCUCGCAUAAAACUCGCGAGAGGUUAUUGGAGUGGCCGACUCGGUUUCAAAUAGCAGUUGGUACCGCACAAGGGAUUGCGUACUUUCAUGAGCAAUGCCGAAAUAGGAUAAUCCAUUGUGAUAUCAAGCCGGAGAACAUUCUUUUGGAUGAAAACUUUUGUCCAAAAGUUUCGGAUUUUGGAUUGGCUAAGUUGAUGGGGAGGGAGCAUUCGCAAGUUGUGACCAUGGUUCGUGGAACUAGAGGUUACCUGGCUCCCGAAUGGAUCAGUAAUCGUCCUGUAACGGUAAAAGCUGAUGUUUAUAGUUACGGAAUGCUCUUGUUAGAGAUAGUUGGUGGUCGGAGAAACCUUGAUAUGAGCUUCGACGCAGAUGAUUUCUUCUUCCCCGGAUGGGCUUUUAAGGGAAUGCAAAAUGGAGAUGCGAUGAAGGUGGCCGAUAGACGGCUAGAAGGGGCGGUGGAAGAAAACGAGGUUUUGAGAGCAUUGAAAGUAGGGUUUUGGUGCAUACAAGACGAUGUGAGCAUGCGACCUUCGAUGAGCGAGGUGGUUAUGAUGCUGGAAGGUUCGGUAGAGAUAAACGAGCCACCGAUGCCACAAUCUGUUUUGGAACUUAUCGAGGAAGGGUUAGACCAUGUUUACAAGGCAAUGAAACGAGAGAUUAAUCAAUUUAGCUCUUUCACCGUCACCAACAAGACAAGUCAACCUUCGUCUCGUGCAACCUGUAGUUAUUCUACAAUGUCACCUAGAUAA